AUUUUUGCAAAGUGUAGAUUUUUUGUAUUGGUUAAACUUUUUCCAUUUAAUAAUGCCCCAUUGCGAAGUUCUUUUCAAUCAACUCCAAAAACGCGGUAUUGAUCUGAUAUUAGUAAAAAAUUACAUAGACUCAUUUACAACUUCAAUUCAAAAUGUCAGAGAUAAAAUAUUGAAUGAAACAUCUUCAGAAAUGCCAUCAUCUUCCACACUUAAUGCCAAAAGACCAAGGAAAAAUGGAGACUCCAAUCGUCAAGUCGCUUUGGAAGUUUGUGACAUAAUAACAUCAGAAAUUAAACACCGUUUCAGUUUUAGCGACCAUUUAGUAAUCGCUCAAUUAUUUUAUAGCGACCAGUUUGAACAAUACAAAGAUAAUUUUCCAGAACAUAUUUUAAAAUCAGUAAAACAAAAUUUUUCUAGUGUCAAUUUUUUAAAACUUAAAACUGAACUAAAAGUUAUUUAUUAA